CGCGUAUUUUAAUUAAUAAAAAAUAAUACCCAAACAUUUUCGACAUUUCCAGGAUUUUAUCCCCAAAAUUUUAGCUGGUACGCAUCCCAAUUCAUAUUCUGGAACGUAGGUUUCCUUUAAUAUCAACACAUCUACAGGGAUGGUGAGUGUAAUACCUAUGGCCUCCUCAAUUCGACCUUCUAUCUCCUCCUUCAAUUGUGCUUCUGUUGCCCCUCGUCUCGCCUUCUCUCUCUCUUCUUCCAAUCUUUCUCGUAACCUCCUCUUUUCUCACCUCGCCAGUGCUGUUCCGCAAUCGCAAUUCUUUGGUUUGAAAGCAUCCAACCUGUUGAGAGGAGAAGUUACCAGCAUAGCAGUGUCUGCAUCUGGGAAUACGGCACAAGCAAGCACAAGUACCACGCAAGAAAAUGUCCUUGAGUGGGUCAAGAAGGACAAGAGAAGAAUGCUUCAUGUAGUUUAUCGUGUGGGAGAUUUGGACAGGACCAUAAAAUUUUAUACUGAGUGCCUGGGAAUGAAGCUUCUGAGGAAACGUGAUAUUCCAGAGGAGAGAUACACAAAUGCCUUCCUCGGAUAUGGGCCUGAAGAUUCUCACUUUGUGAUUGAACUCACUUACAAUUAUGGAGUUGACAAAUAUGACAUUGGAACUGGGUUCGGCCAUUUUGGUAUUGCAGUUGAAGAUGUUACCAAGACUGUGGAGCUUAUAAAGGCUAAGGGUGGCAAAGUCACUCGUGAGCCUGGCCCUGUCAAAGGUGGGAAGACAAUAAUUGCAUUUAUUGAAGAUCUUGAUGGUUAUAAAUUUGAGUUAUUGGAGAGGGGACCUACACCCGAGCCCCUAUGUCAAGUUAUGCUUCGUGUUGGUGAUCUUGACCGGUCAAUAAAUUUCUAUGAGAAGGCAUUUGGCAUGGAGCUUCUUCGCACACGAGAUAGUUCAGUGUAUAAGUAUUCAGUAGCCAUGAUGGGCUAUGGUCCUGAAGACAAAAAUGCUGUGCUUGAGCUGACUUACAACUAUGGAGUCAACGAAUAUGAGAAAGGAAAUGGUUAUGCUCAGAUUGCUAUUGGCACAGAUGAUGUUUAUAAAACUGCAGAGGCAGUAAAGCUUUGUGGAGGGAAAGUUACCAGAGAACCCGGACCACUACCUGGGAUCAAUACAAAGAUCACUGCAUGCUUGGAUCCUGACGGCUGGAAAACUGUUUUCGUUGACAAUAUUGAUUUCCUCAAGGAGUUAGAGUGAGUUUUACAGAGUCAUAUGUGAAUUUUGAAAAUGGCAAUAGUCAAUCUGCUGCAUCCAGGAAAAAGUGGUUCUUUUAGGUGUCUGGAGAGGGUAUCAAAUCCCAUUUUGUAGAUAAAGUCAGCAUCGUUUAACAUUUCCCGGGCCAAUGAACAUCUUGCUAUUGCUAUUAAUCUUGCAGCAGAGAAGUCAGGGUCUGAGACAUUAGUUUUGAAGUACCCUUAGUCUCUUGUUCAAGCAAAAAGAAAUUUACUUUCGACAUUGUUGAUGUGAUUCUACUCAUCUGGAGAUAUGAAUUUGUAUUAUAAUUUAGUCUGAGAUGGAGAUGACUAAUAUAUAUUGUAGUCAACAAUUAAUUCCCAAGCUAUCAUCUUCAAUGCUGAGUGCAGAAACUUUUGCAA